GUGUCAAUGGGAGAAGGAGCGCAAGCGAACAAACAGAGGAAAAGUGAAGGCUGAAAGAAUCAGAGCACGUCUUCCGUGUAUCGCGGCUCUGUCGAGUACGCAAAAGUGGAUUUCAUCAGGAAAACAACCACAGGAUAUAUCUGUCCACUCUGUGCUCCUUUGUGAUACUCUCAACAGUGCGACGCAAAACACUUGAUUCCCUCUUCCACCACAGUAUUUCCCUUUCUCUGCUUCUGAACUCUACUGAAUGCGUGUCGUCAUCGUAGGUGCCGGGCUCUCCGGGCUCUCUCUCGCCGUCUUCCUGCGGCGGCUCAACGUGGAUUGCGUGGUGCUCGAGCAGGCUCCGUUCCUUCAAGCGAACUACACCAUCCCGUACACACUGUUUGCCAAUGCCCUCAGCUGCUUCAAGGCGUUUGGGAUGGAGUACAUCUUCACCAACAGCGGGAUGCGGCCCGAAGAGUGCUUCGGCAUUCAAAACGAAAAGGGCGAAUGGCUGCUGCGCAUUCCGAAUAGAGACCUGCACUUGCACGCCCUGAGCGCAGAGGACGUAAUCCCUCUCAGCACGGCCCCGCCCGCCAACAGCGACUCCAUUGUUUCGCAGCGACUCAUGGAGGCACAGAGGCAGGAGAUGGGCCACGUCCCGCUGCGCUGCACGAUGCCGGCGUCGUACCUGCGAGACGCCCUGCGACGGCACAUUCCCGAAAUAAAGUUCUCUUGCCGGGUGGUGGAUCUACUCCCCCACGACGGCAUUAAAGGCGGCGUGCACGCCGUAAUGGAGGACGGGGCGACGGAGUGGGGCGACGUGGUUGUGGGAGCAGACGGAAUGCACAGCACCAUUCGCGGCCUGCUCUACCCAAACGAGCACGUCGGCACGAGCAGCCGCUCGCUGAACUCGAUGCAGAUCGACGGCUUCACGGAGUGCCCUCACUGCCCACCGCACCUCGCGCAGCCUGUAGAAUGCUGGGGGGCCGGCCGAACGCUGCGGGUGGUCCCGCUGCACCGCUUCGGCGAAAACACCCUCGCCUUUUCCGCCACCCUGCACCGUCUCCCGCAGGAGCUGGUGGACGUGCGCGCGGACAUGGAUGCGAUAGAGGUGCUGCAGGUGUUUCAGCGUCUUCUCGGUCGCGAGUACGCCAGCUUUGGUGCGGACGUAGCGACGUUGUUGUCACAGGCGAAGUUGGCGGUGCCGACGGAGGUGUUGGAGGUGCCGGUGAUGCCGCGGUGGUACAACCGACGUGCGGUGUUGAUGGGCGAGGCUGCCCACGGUGCGAUGCCCUCGUUUCUCGACCAAGACGCGUCGUUGUGCGUUGAGGAUGCGGCUUUGCUCGCCGUGUCGCUCUUGGACGUGCCGCUGCAGCGUGACAGCGGGUUCGAGUACGCGUUUCGACAGUUUGAGACGGUGCGCCGUGAUCGGGUGGAGCGCUACAUCCGUCAGUCUCGCCGUGCACGCAAGUUCACCGCCAUGUCGAACACAGCCGUGCGCAACACGCUGCUGCGUCUGGUUCCUUCAGUGGCCGUUAACAUGACGCAAAGGUGGUUAUCGAACUGGACAUACAGCUCCCAACAGCUCGCUGUCGAUCCGAAGAUCAAGAUGGAGACGGCCUUCCGUUGA